AGUGUGCGCGCCCCCGCGCGCUCUCUCCCUCUCCGAGCUUUUAAAGUCUCCGGCUGGCUCGGCUCACAUGUUACUUCCUGUAUGGGAGAAUGGAAAGCGGGCAGCCGAGGUGUGAUCAGCCCGGAGACCCGGAGCCCAGCCUGGACUAGUGUGGACUACACCACCUCCUCCCCUCCACCUUCCUUCCUCCAGGACUAGAGAACGGACUGUCCUCCUCCACCACCCCCGGACCUUGCUGGAGAAGAUCUGCAUGCAUGAGAUCCAGGGCUCUCCGCGGAUCUCCAACUUCCCCUCCCAGUGAGCAGAGCCCACAACCCCCCCGAGAAGGUCACCCCCUCCGCCGCCACCGGGAAUUGUGUCGCCUGGGAGGCCCAUCAGUCAACAAGUUGCCCCGGUCCUCAAUGUGCAUGGUGUCAUGCGGAGGCUACUGCAGCCGUGCUGGUGGAUCUUGUUCCUGAAAAUCUCAACCUCGGUCCUGCACUAUGUCCUGUGCUACCCUGCGUACACAGAGGGAAACGUGGGAGCUCUACAUGAGAACAGACAUGGAAGUUCUGUGCAGAUACGAAGGCGUAAAGCGUCUGGGGAACCAUAUUGGUCCUAUUCAGGGGUAUAUGGACCCGAGCACUGGGUGAUGGCCAGCCCAGACUGUGGAGGUCUCCACCAGUCCCCCAUAGAUAUUGUGGAUUACACAGCCAGCAUGAAGGAUGAGUACCGGGAGUUGACCCUUGAGGGAUUCGAGAAUGAGUCUUCUAACAAGACCUGGAUGAAGAACACGGGGAAAACAGUUGCUAUUCUACUGAAAGAUGAUUAUUUCAUCAGCGGUGCUGGGCUGCCGGGCAGGUUUAAGGCAGAGAAAGUCGAAUUCCACUGGGGUCAUAGUAAUGCAUCGGCAGGCUCUGAACACAGCAUCAAUGGCAGAAGAUUCCCCGUUGAGAUGCAGAUCUUCUCCUACAAUCCUGAUGACUUUGAUAGCUUUGGUGCAGCCAUUUUGGAUAAGAGACUAAUUGCAGCAAUGUCAGUCUUCUUUCAGGCCUCACAGAGAAACAAUCCUGCUUUGGAUCCAAUUAUUCACGGAUUGAAGGGUGUCGUUCAUCAUGAGAAAGAAACCUUUCUGGACCCAUUCAUCUUGAGGGACUUGCUACCGGCUUCACUGGGGAGCUUUUACCGAUACACCGGCUCUUUGACCACACCUCCGUGUAGUGAAAUUGUGGAGUGGGUCAUCUUCAGCAGGCCUGUCCCAAUCUCCUUUCAGCAGCUGGAAGCUUUCUACUCCAUAUUUACCACCGAACAGCAGGACCACGUCAAGUCCGUGGACUAUUUGAGGAACAACUUCAGACCCAAGCAGCGCUUAAAUGACAGGGUGGUGUACAAGUCUGCGGUGAAAGAUGCUUGGAAUCAGGACAUGAAUGACGACUUGGACAACCCAUUUGGCACAGAAACAUCGAAAGUCUGCAGCACCCCACCUGUCAACAUGAAAGUGCAACCAGUAAAUAAGACGGCUUUGUUGGUGACCUGGAACCAGCCUGACAUUAUCUACCACCCACCCAUCAUGAAUUACAUGGUUUCCUACAGCUGGACCAAGAAUGAGGAGGAGAAGGAGAAAACGUAUACAAAGGACAGCGAUAAAGAACUGAAAGCCAUCAUCAACCACGUGUCACCUGACAUUCUCUACCUGUUUAGAGUGCAAGCAGUGUGCCGCAAUGACAUGCGCAGUGACUUCAGUCAAACAAUGCUUUUUCAAGCCAAUACAACUCGUAUAUUUGAAGGAACAAGGAUAGUGAAAACUGGAGUGCCUACUGCUUCUCCUGCUUCUUCUGCUGACAUGGCUCCAAUCAGUUCGGGAUCAUCUACCUGGACUUCCUCAGGCAUCCCCUUUUCCUUUGUUUCCAUGGCUACCGGGAUGGGCCCCUCUUCCAGUGGGAGCCAAGCUACGGUGGCCUCUGUGGUGACCAGUACUUUGCUUGCGGGCCUUGGGUUUAGUGGUGGUGGUUUACCUUCUUUUCCUAGCACUGUGUGGCCUACUCGCCUCCCUACUUCCUCCUCUGCCAGCAAACAAGCUGCAAAGCCUGUUGUUUCUACCACUGAACCUUUGCCAUCUACAGGACCUGACAGUGAUGCCUCUCCCACGAAAACCAGCGAGGGGACGGAAGAUGGGGAUAAAGAUGAGAAAGGAGAGGGGGAAGAGGGUGAGCAGGAGGAGGAGGGUGAAAAGGACAAUGAGAAAAAGGAGAAAAGUAUAGCCACACACUCUUCGGAGGCACAAAACCAAACUGAGUCCACCCCAACUACCGCCAGCACUGGUGAUUUGCAGGACACUGGCGCCAAUGAAACUUUGACUGACCCAGAGAACAAACAAAAUACUUCUUUAAUAGAUGGCAGGGACGUACCUGCUGGGACUCAGGAGGUCCCUUUACAAACCACAGUGCCCUCCACAGAAGAUUACAAUUUGGAUCAAACUUCAUAUGUUUCGACAAAAGGUGGCAAAGACUCGGACAACAGACUCAUCACUGUUUACCCAGAUGAACAUAACUCAAGCAUGGCGAGUCGACCUUCUUCCAGUAAGAUGGAGUGGAUUGUUCCGCUAAUGGUUGUUUCUGCCUUGACCUUCUUCUGUCUGGUCCUGCUGAUCGCUGUGCUGGUCUACUGGAGGAAGUGUUUCCAGACGGCUCAUUUUUAUGUGGAUGAUAGCAGCUCGCCGAGAGUCGUCCCCAAUGACAACAUACCCAUCAUCCCUAUUCCAGAUGACAUGGAGGCUAUUUCUGUCAAACAAUUUGUCAAACAUAUCAAUGAGCUCUAUUGCAACAAUCAGCAUGGAUUUUCUGAAGAAUUUGAGGAAGUCCAGCGGUGUACAUCCGACAUGAAUAUCACAGCAGAACACUCCAACCAUCCUGACAACAAACACAAAAACAGAUACAUCAACAUCGUAGCAUAUGAUCACAGCAGAGUGAAGUUGAGGCCUAUUCCUGGCAAAGACUCAAAGCACAGUGACUACAUUAAUGCCAAUUAUGUUGAUGGCUACAACAAAGCAAAGGCCUACAUCGCUGCCCAGGGACCUUUAAAGUCGACUUUUGAAGACUUCUGGAGGAUGAUUUGGGAGCAAAACACUGGAAUCAUUGUUAUGAUAACCAAUCUAGUAGAAAAAGGACGAAGGAAAUGUGACCAGUACUGGCCAACGGAGAAUAGCGAAGAGUAUGGAAACAUUAUGGUGACCCUGAAGAGCACAAGGGUGUAUGCCUGCUACACAGUGCGAACGUUCACCAUCAGGAAUGUAAAGAUGAAGAAGGUAAAGACAGGCUGGGAAAGUGCUGGGUCAUGUGAUAGCUGUAUAUCGAUUAGGAAAAAGGGUCAGAAAGGGAACACAAAGGGUCGUCACAAUGAGAGAUCAGUCAUUCAGUAUCAUUAUACGCAGUGGCCAGACAUGGGUGUCCCAGAAUAUGCACUGCCAGUCCUGACCUUCGUCCGGAGAUCAUCGGCUGCUCAACAAGCGGACAUGGGGCCAGUGCUUGUACACUGCAGUGCUGGAGUUGGCAGGACGGGGACGUACAUUGUGAUUGACAGCAUGCUGCAGCAGAUAAAGGACAAGAUCACAGUCAAUGUUCUGGGCUUUCUGAAACACAUCAGAACACAGCGGAACUACCUCGUCCAGACAGAGGAACAAUACAUCUUCAUUCACGACACCCUAUUAGAGGCCAUUUUGGGAAAGGAGACGGAAGUGUGCUCGAACCAGCUGCACAGCUAUGUGAACACCAUCCUGACACCUACAGCAGGAGGGAAGACGAGGCUGGAGAAGCAAUUCAGGCUGGUUACACAAUGUAAUGCGAAAUACAUUGAAUGCUUCAGUGCCCAGAAAGAUUGUAACAAAGAAAAGAACAGAAAUUCAUCAGUCGUGCCAUCUGAGCGUGCAAGAGUGGGUCUAGCGCCACUGCCUGGAAUGAAGGGAACAGAUUACAUCAAUGCUUCUUAUAUCAUGGGUUACUUAAGAAGUAAUGAGUUUAUCAUCACCCAGCACCCCAUGCCACACACGACUAAAGACUUCUGGCGGAUGAUCUGGGAUCACAAUGCACAAAUUAUUGUCAUGUUACCAGACAGUAAUAGCUUGGCUGAGGACGAGUUUGUCUACUGGCCAAGUCGCGAAGAAUCUAUGAACUGUGAGGCCUUUACUGUGACUCUUAUAAGCAAGGACAGGUUGUGCCUCUCAAAUGAGGAGCAAAUCAUCAUUCAUGAUUUUAUCCUUGAAGCUACACAGGAUGAUUAUGUUUUGGAAGUGCGUCAUUUCCAGUGUCCAAAAUGGCCAAAUCCAGAUGCUCCCAUAAGCAGCGCCUUUGAACUUAUUAAUGUCAUUAAAGAAGAAGCUCUAACGAGGGAUGGACCUACCAUUGUGCACGAUGAGUUCGGUGCUGUUUCAGCCGGGACACUCUGUGGUCUCGCCACUUUGUCUCAGCAGUUAGAAAAUGAAAAUGCAGUGGAUGUUUACCAGGUGGCCAAGAUGAUUAAUUUAAUGAGACCCGGCGUAUUCACAGACAUUGAGCAGUACCAAUUCCUCUAUAAAGCGAUGCUAAGUUUGGUCAGUACAAAGGAAAAUGGCCCCAUGGCACUGGACAAAAACGGAUCCAUUCUGGUCAGCGACGAAUCGGACCCCUCACAGAGCAUGGAGUCUCUCGUUUAGGUUGCAGCUCACCAGAGGAAAAGGCACUACGUUUGUAAAACUUCUGACCACCUAGAGACAGAGUGGACUUUUUUUCGAGGCCUUUUAUUUGCCAGACUAUAUAGGUUAUACAAUAACCCAAUUACUUUUUUACACUGAUAAAAUUUUGAUAUUUAUUUUUUGCCAUUUUAUGUCUUAAUGGUAUCCUACUGAGCAUUUGCACCUCUGUUCAUUUCACUUGGUGAAACGCAAUUUUCUCUAGUUUUGCACUAUAUGAUCAGUGUUACUGCCUAUAACCGCUGUAGGAAAUGGCAAAAGCCCAACAAGAACAUUCCCUAGAUCCAACUCAUGCUCUUUUAAACUGAAUUUUUUUAUUUUUUAAGUUCUUUUUAAAAACGCUCCUGUCGGCCACACACGUCGCAGGCGCCACUUUGUAUGCUGAAGCGAUAUUCAGCGUAUCAGUUGACUAGGAACUUGUGACUUUUGCCUCUGCAGUUUCAUGGGUAGGGCUCAACAAAACCAGGUGUCAGGAAGAUAUUGCUUCGCUUCCUGACUGGCAAAGGUUUUUUUUUAUUAUGGGACCUGCACCCGGGACCCAAGAAAACUGCGCCAUCAGUGCAAUGCUGCAUACAACAAAGUCAAGUGUAAGGAACAGAUUAACCCGCAAGUCCACCCCACGGGGCCAUGAAAACAGGCUUAUUAUUCUGUAACUUGGGUGACCACUUUCUUUGCCUACGUGUUUAUUUAAUCGCAAAACUAGCACAUUAUUAAUAUAUGCUCUGCUCUGGGACACUUACUACAAGGCAUUCCAUUCACUCUUGAACACUUUGUCACCUGAUCAUGUGAUGUAUAGUUUUUACUUUGGUUCUGUUCACACGCCAUUCUUUUGUUAUAAACUGAAAUUUGGGUAUUAUGUAUUUUUUUUUUUUUUUUAUAUAUUGUAAUUUGUAUUUUACUUCCUUCUGUGAACCCAAAUGAGCACUAGCUUUGGUUUCUCAUUUGCAGCAACAAUUCUGUUUAAUUCAUUACGCAAAAUGAUAAACUUAUUUUUUAUCAAAAUUCU